CAUCUACAGUUCUCAACUACUUUGACUGUUUCAACAUUCAUGCAACGUGAAUGGCUAACAUGAGGUCAAUUGGCAAGGCGCGCACUUCUCAGCCUUUGUCUGAUGCUGGCCCUCAAGUCGAUGCGGGUGCCUCCGACGGCAACCGAGCACGCGACAACAUUUCAAGGGUUACCGUCAGAAAUUCUUGAUAUUAUCGCCAACCAAAUCUAUGAUGGUGGAUUGGGUCAAGUCGACGAACUCCUCACAUUGUCACUUGUGUCUCGUCCAUUCCGGCGUUCAGCGCUUCCGCUUUUGUUCAAGACUGUGUCACAUGUUGUAAGGGACCGGCUGGACCAAAAUGAACACGGAGCACUUCGUCGACUUCUGAACCAUCCUCAUCUACUUCGAUACAUUCAAAUCGUACAUGUUGUCCGCCCAACGGCAGCUCAUGGAUUUGUACCUUCAUUAGAUCACGCUACCACACAACGUCUCACCCGCGAGCAUACAUCGUCCGACCUCCAAGUUCUCAAGGAAGCCUUACCUUUGAUGACUCGUCUUCGUUGCGUUCGCCUGGACUGUUCUGCCGCAGUCGCCUACCAGGUUCUACAAAUGUUGCCCGUUGAUCAGAUCUAUGAAAUCGUCUUCGACAAUCUCUAUUCCUCAUCGAAUUGGCCGACGAUGAUUGAGGCAACUACUGAAUUAGCAACCCUAGCAAGGCGCCAUCGACUUGGCCUUGGCGCUUUCGGAGCAUCUCCGCCACGAGGCAGUGCCGUCCCUCAAGCGACAUACGAUGCCAUAACGAAGGCAUUUGCCAUCGACCUGCAUAUGGCAUGGCUUCUGAAAGACGACCAGAACAAUCAUACCCUGCAAGCAGGGAUUACGCCUUGCUCAGGCAUCCCAGAGACUCCUUCGUGGAUGGAACUGCGGCUUCUGAUCAGACGCGCACCUGGAACUCACCAUUCGCUACGUGACCUUGACCUGGCGGUGAUACCAUGGAUGAACCUCCGGAGAUUGUCAAUUGUGUGGGAGUACACGAUGCCGCUGAACCAAUUUAUACACGACGUUGCGCCAAAGCUCACAAAUCUCGAAGCGCUACGCCUUCGUGCUGACCAUCAAAGACUAUAUCAUCCAGCAUGCAGGUAUGAAAUCCCCACAAUGGGAUUAUUUGCGGAUACACCAAUCGUUCCUGCCUUCGAAGUCGACUUCUCACAUAUGAAGCAACUACAGGAUCUUGAGAUUGAUGGGAUGUGCAACCAUAUCCCAAUCAUAAGCUUGCUUGGACCCAACCUGCGAAGCCUACGGUUACAUCGUGAAGACGCCUUGUGGUCUGUGUAUAGUGCCGAAAGCCAGCGAUCUCACGCCGACAUCCUUUUCGCCAGUAGAGUCUCACCCGGUUUGGAACGUCUUGAGUUGGACAUCGGCUACAUCGAGAACCUCUGGCAUCCGACGGCCAUUCCCGGGGUGGAUGUUGACGUCGAGCAAUACGCAUUCCUGAAUGCCAUCUCCAAGUUUCGCAGCCUCCGAUACCUUCGGCUAUUUCCUCCUUUUGUCCCCAAAGAUUCUCCACGCUGGAGUCGGAGUGUGCGGCACUGCGUUCCUGUUUCGGACGAUCAAGCGAUUCGUGUUUUCGAGUAUUUGCGCAAGGAAUGUCGAUCGCUUCAAGUGCUGUCCAUUGCUGCGAUACCAUCAUUAGUCAACAUUGACACAAUGUGUUGGGAAGUCAAGCGACGAGGUGACAAGACCGUACUGACGACGAAGCACCGCGAGAGGAAUUACCAGCAUCGACAGAUAUGGGAGGGCCAGCGGAGGAUCACCAGCGAGAUCAAGAGAUUCACUACGCCACAAACGUAUCUCACUGAUUCGGAGGGUUGGAUUUUGACGCGCAACGACCUUCAUGAUAUUCGUUGACUAGUCAAUAGCCUCGGCGAUGGCAAGCUUUGAAUAUGCCGGUAGUCUAGGUGGACAAUUCGAGCCUGAUGGUAAUUCUGUUCCUGACGAUAG